AUGCUUUCCUUGACUGAUAUGCUCAACAGGGAGUCAAGUCCUCUGGUUCCGUCAACCGAGGAGCGCCCAAGUGCAUCCAAAUUGCGACACGGCUCAAGUCCGGACCCUCCUGGUACACCACCUGCGACGACGAUGGUUCGCACUGCCAAGAGACCUGCGGAAGACCUUUCGCAGUACGCACAGUCCGUUGCAAGGAAGAAACGGUUGUGCCCCGAAGACAGUGACGAGCUUGUCUCGUAUACAAAGCUCUCACGUGGCGAGAAGGACAUAUGGAUGGCUUCGACUCUCUGGUCCAUUCAGGGUACAGUCAGUCAGCUACAGGCACCGGAUGCACAGUGGGACCUGCCGUCGACACUGAAGAAGAAGAUUGAUAUCUACUCUGCAGUUGUCAUUCUCUCCCACACCAUCUCUGCCUACGUCAGUGACGAGGUGCCGCGGAAGUUAUUAUUUGAAAUCCUCGAAAUCCACCCCAGCUGGGGCUACAAACCGGAGGUCAAGGAGAACCCGUAUAAGUACAAUAUGAUGGUCUCCUUCAUAUCGUCAAAGCUGACCGCACGGAGGUAUACAACCAAGAAACUUAUUGCGGAGAGCAUUGGCACAACCUCCGAGGACCCGGGAGAAGUAAAACGUGUCGGCGCAGAUGAUAUCCUCAUCUUAUGUGAGAAGUUAGCAACGAAUGUCUUCAAGGCCGCAAAGAUCAUUGUUACCGUACCGAUGUGUGCCCGAGUGGCCUUUCUUAGGCUUGUCUAUGUCGGAUCACCCGACGCUGGUGACAAGUUCUGGGACAUUGUUGACAAGAAGAUCAAGGAGUUCCGAGUCAAGUUUUCUAAUGACAAGCAGAAGAUCUCGAGGAAGUUCGCUAAGAUCCUUUCACAAGAUCGUACAGUCUAUGGUGACGUCGAUGUCGACUAUAUGCUAGUGAGCGCUCGCAUGAAUCCAGCUCAGUGUGAGAGUGAGAACGUGCAUGCAGGGAUCGGCGGGGCACCGAUCAAUGGGGCUGAGCAGGGCGCCCAGGAUUAG